AGCCUGCUGCAGAGAGUCAUUUUCUCCAGCCUCUCCCUCUCAUCACUGCUGCACUAUCUCCGUGCCUUAGUCUCUGACCUUCCACAGGAACCAUGCAAGCUUUUGUUUCCAGGUCAUAUCUGGCUCCUGUGAAGGAUGAAGAAGCAGAAUCUCAGAGGAAAGCAAAGUCCCGCCAUGCCAGGCAAACUCGCAGGUCAACACAGGGUGUGACUCUCACAGACCUGAAAGAGGCUCAGAUGAGCUACAGCCUGUCUCAUCAAGACAGAGAGAAGGAGGAAGAAAGCACUCAAGGAAACAUGCUGUGUCUGAGAAGAGGCUUUGCAGAUGACACAGGAGAUCAGGCUGGCCUGACUGAGUCCAAAGAAACGUCUGCGUUUACUCUGAAGUGGACCCAAGUAGACAAGGAGGGGAACAUUGAGAACAGGUUAGAGACUGUUGCAGAAUCUCCAAACCUGUCAAAUCUGUCUGCAUCUGGAUACCAUGGUUCCCCUCAAAGCAGUAGCUUCUUCAGAGUUGGUGAAACGACAUGGAGAGAUGAAAACCAGAAUCCAGUUGAAGAUGCAGCACAGCUCACAUUUUCUACAGAGCUCCAGCAAAGAUAUAUCCGCUGUGAUGCUGAGGGCACAGAGCAUGAAAGACUGUCGAGAUACGAUUCCACCGGAGAAAACGCCACAGACAAACCUAUGGGCCGCACCAGUUCGUACACGAGGAGAGAGACGAGGCUGGCGGCUCUGAAUAAACAGGAGCAAGACUCCACUGCCAAAGACUAUAAGAAGAUGUACACAGAAGCUUUGCAAGAAAAUGAAAGGCUCAAGUCCAGACUUCACGACAGCAAACAAGAGCUGGUGAAGAUUCGCUCUCAACUGGAGAAAGUUGCUCAGAGGCAGGACAGAAUGUCCGAGCGAUCCACCGUUCUUGAAACAGAGAAAAGGGAAAAACAAGCGCUGGAGAAAAGAGUCACAGACAUGGAGGAGGAAAUAAAGGUCCUAACCGAACUCAAGUCAGACAACCAGAGGCUAAAGGAUGAGAACGGAGCUCUCAUCCGAGUAAUCAGCAAACUGUCAAAGUGAAAAGAUGUCUGAAGCUUUUGUUCUCGUGCUCCAACCUUGAUUCAGCAGUUUAAUUAUUCACAAGGUUCCAUGUUUUACCUCCUCUAUGAGUUAUUGAUAGGCCACCUUUGAAGCUCUUGUAGACGUAGAUCUUGAGCAGACUCACUUCAGUUUUCUCACCUUAUAAUUAUUUUCUUAUAUUACAUAGUAUAUAUUAUUUAUAGUAGAUAGUACUUUUCACAUCCACAAACAAGGGAGCAGGUGUACUAUUUGGACUGCAGUGUCUCUGAAAACUUAGAAAUACAUUUGAACUUUUCCCAUACUGUGUGAUAUCACACUGAUGCUUCACUUUUGUUUAUACUCUUUGCAGCACAUGGUUUUAAUAAUACUUAAAUAGUCUAUAAGAUUUGAUCAUUUUACUGGAACAUACCAAUGGACUUGGGAAUACAUUUUUAAUAUUUUCUCCCCGAUUGUGUUUUUUUUCUCUCUCUCUCUCUCUCUGAAAGAUAAAACUUUGUGGUUAUAGGUUCUGGUUGAUAUUGUUUGAUGCAUCAUCCAGAUGAAGGACAGUUCAGUGGCCUACAAAUGUUGAAUUUACAUUUAUAUCUUCAGCACA